AUGGGUAUCCUACUCUUCAUGAAAUAUAUGAUGUUUCUCUUCAAUGCACUUAUAUUUUUGGGAGGAGUUUGCCUUUUAGGAGUUGGUAUAUGGAUUAUAGUUGAUCCUGAUGGUUUUCAGAGUCUUUUCACUUCAAAUGCUUUACUAAGUGCUGGUGGCUACAUCCUGCUCUUUGUUGGGUUAACGCUGUCUCUGCUUGGAUUCCUGGGAUGCUUUGGAGCAAUUCGGCAGAGUAAACCUCUGCUAUUACUGUUCUUUAUACUUGUUUUACUUCUGUUCACUGUGCAACUUGUUGGUGUUAUUAUGGCCUUGACCUUUCAGAAAAUGAUAAAGGAAGAUCAUUUUCGGGCUGAGCUACAAAAGUACUACAAAGGAGACAACUCUUCUGAAGUCUUCAGCCAGUCAUGGAACACCAUUAUGAUCGCACUGUCGUGUUGUGGCAUAUCUGGGCUUGGUGACUUUGGUAACAAAUCGCAUUUCAAUGAUCUGUACCCUUCUGCUCCAUGGCCAGAGGCCUGCUGCAAACGAGAUGACCCAGUUGGAGUUAUUAAGGACAGACAGAAAUGUAUGGAGAAUACUCCAGACUACACUAACAAUCAGGGCUGUUUUAUCACCAUUGCCAAAAGUUUGAAGAAAUAUGUUUCCAUAACAGGAGGUGUGGGCUUUGGGGUUCUUGGUACUGAGAUGUUCGCUAUGUUCUUUGCACUUUGUCUUUACUACAACUUUGACUAA